GUAACCUGCCAUGGGACGUUAUGGUGCAAAGCAGGGAAGAAUUCAAUAUAUAGUGGUACCUCGGGUUAAGAGCUUAAUUCGUUCUGAAGGUUUGUUCUGUUAGGGAACUGGAGACAGAGAAGGAGGAGGGAAUGGGAAGUUAUCGGGAGAGACCUCCUUUGAUUAGCAGUUGUUCGUCUUCAGAGGAGAGAGAAGACGAAGGGGGGUCCGGGGGGAGUGAUUCUGAGAGGGAGGAAGGAAGAACUUCCGAGGGCAAGUACCUCUCGUCAGAGAGGAAAGAGGGAGGUUGGGCUUUGACGUUUAUGAACUGAACUUGUGGUUUAUGAACUGAACCACAAGUUCAAAUAAGUUUAUGCAAACUGAACUGACAAGUCAGUUUGAAAGAGAAUUUAACAUUGGUAUAAGGGAGAUAUUAUCCCAGCUAAUUACAGUAAUUUUAUGGAUGUCUAUAACGUGUUCCAGGAGUAUGUUUAAGCUGUGAAUCACUGUAAAAAGGCCAGCUAAUAUACACAAUGGGAUAUUUACUCUCUUCUUUUUGACAUUGUUUUUUUGAAAUGCUUGAGGAUAUGAUCACUCCUGUUUUAGGAGCUACCCCUUAAAAGGGGACCUCUCAAUACUUUAAAUAAAUAACUUGGCAGGCUUCCAGCAUCUGCAUGCUCCCCUCUUGUACUAAAUAUGAUUUCCAGAGGUGGAUGGAAUUGGGCUAAAUGAAAACAAGAAGUUAAUGUUUUGUGUCACCAUGUACACUAGUGACCAUGGUUUUGUUCCCACUAUGACACAUUGUUUCGAUGAUGGUGUGUCUUGUCAAUACACAAGCACUUCCAGGUUUAUGUCUCCAAAAUCUAUCUUGGUGUGUCUUGUCCACAUUAGUGGGUAGUGCUAGAGGGGAUUGUUGGGGGAAAGCAAAUAAACUUCCUUCUCCCGAACCUCUAGCUAAUGCAUGUAUUACUUUAAACCACACAAGAGCACUGUUUGUGCAGCAAGCAAGCCAGCAUUUGCUCGUAGUCUUUUUCUAAGUUAACUCCACCUAUAAAAGCUGAACCAUUUUGUUGUUCUCUCCUGAUAAGAUGCCUGCUAUUGCUCUCUUUUUACCUCUACUCAUCCUGUAAAUCGUACUUGCCAAGAUAAUUCUGUUCCUGCAUGAAUAAAGCUGUAGAAAUCCAGAAACUGUACAUAAACCUCUCAGUUUACUUCACCCAAGCUUCAAGGUAUGCUAACAGGGAUGUAUUUUGCUGAGGCUGAGCUCCAUUAUGGACCUGCCUUCAAGUUUAUUUCAAUUUCAUUUCACAUUUGUGGGCAUCUGAGGUGCAAGACACCUCCAGCCAAGCACUCAACACAAGAAGCUCUCCUGCAGGAACCUGGUCCUGAAAGCACCUUAGAAGCAGAACCAUUUGCCUCAAGGCUACAUUACAAUGUUUGGCAGGGGAAAAAACUGACCCCUGGUUGUCUUACAUCACAGACCUUGUGCGCAGUAAUGCCGUUAUCAUUGCCUUACUAAUCAAUGAAGAAAAAGGAUACAGACUUAAGUUCAGAGAAGUUCAUUUCUUGAUUAUACAACCUUAUCUACUUAAUGGCUAAUCUCAUUUACUCAGAGAAACCUAGAAUUCCUAUUGGUGAAAGUCCAUGUCUAUGUGACCUCCUCAGAGUAUAUAAAAUUGGAAAGCAAAUUAAUUCGUCUAGAGUCAUUUCAGUCACUGUUAGCUGGUGCCAUGGAGCCUCUAGGGACAGUGACCAUUUUGAUGAUCAUAUGUAUCUCUUGCCUUGUUUUCCUCGCAGUCAGGAGCAGAACGCCAGAGAAUGCAAAGCAGCUGCCACCUGGCCCACCUCCACUGCCCAUUGUAGGGAAUGCUCUGCAGCUGAAGACCAACAACCUGGCCCAGGUUCUCCAGGAGUUUGGUGAGAAGUAUGGCUCUGUGUUCACAAUGUAUUUUGGAACAGAACGGGUUGUGGUGCUGCAUGGCUAUGAUGCAGUGAAAGAAGCACUGAUCGACCGUGGAGAUGAAUUUGCUGCUAGGGGACGCCUGCCAUUAGCUCAUGAUGUCAACAAGGGAUUAGGAAUUAUAUUCAGCAAUGGGGAGAUGUGGAAGCAGCUCCGACGUUUUAUCCUUACCACCCUGCGCAACUUUGGCAUGGGAAAGAAAAGUAUUGAGGAGAGGAUCCAGGAGGAAGCACAGUUCCUGCUGGAAAAGUUCCAGGACACGCAGGAGAAGCCCUUGGAUCCAACCUUCUCACUCAGUUGCGCCAUCUCCAAUGUCAUUUGUGCAAUUAUCUUUGGGAAACGAUACGAUUAUAAUGACAAGAAGUUGCUAUCCAUGCUAAGCUUAAUAAGUGAAAACUUUCAGCUUUUUAGCUCUCCUUGGGGACAGCUCUACAACGUCUUCCCUUCUUUGAUGAAAUGCAUCCCUGGGCCCCACCACAAAGUGCUGAAAAACAACUUGGCAAUCAGAGAGUUUGUUUUGGAGGAGGUUGAAGAGCACAAGCCCACUCUGGACCCCAGCUCACCUCGGGAUUUUAUCGACUGCUACCUUAUGAAAAUGGAUCAGGAAAAAGGUAAUAGUGCAUCCCAUUUCACCAUUGAAAACUUGGCCAUAAGCACAGUUGACUUGUUUGGGGCUGGAACAGAGACCACCAGCACCACACUGCGAUACGGGUUCAUGAUCCUCCUCAAAUACCCAGAGAUACAAGAGAAAGUGCAUGAAGAAAUUGACCGAGUUAUUGGCCGAUCACGAAGUCCUUGCAUAGCAGAUCGUGGGGAAAUGCCUUACACAGAUGCUGUCAUCCAUGAGAUCCAGAGGUUCAUCUCUAUUGCCCCACUGAGCGCCCCUCAUGCAGUACUCAAAGACACACCGUUCAGACAAUAUGUCAUUCCAAAGGGCACUACCAUAUAUCCAAGUCUGACAUCUGUGCUACAUGACAGCAAAGAAUUUCCAAACCCCAAAGAAUUUGACCCAGGACAUUUCUUGCACAAAGAUGGCACCUUCAGGAAGAGCGACUAUUUCAUGCCUUUCUCAGCAGGGAAGCGGAUAUGUGUGGGGGAAGGUCUGGCCCGUAUGGAGAUCUUCUUGUUCUUGACCACCAUAUUACAGAACUUCACUCUGAAGUCCAUCAUUGACCCCAAGGACAUCGAUCUCACACCGGUGUUGAGCGGCAUAAGCAACUUCCCUCGACCCUAUCAGCUCUGCAUUGUCCCUCGCUGAAAAGCCUGCCUCAGGAGGGCUGCACAUGUGGAAAAGUUGCAGCCUGGCAAAUCUUUGUUCAAAAAAUCCGUAACACAAUAUCUCCUCAUGUGUGGAGUCUUAUAUUUUUACCUGACUAGUUGUGGUACUGUUACUUUGGGGAUCUUGCUAGAGACUAUUGCACAUUGAAGACAUUUUUUAAAAAAAUUCAUCUCUUUAUUGAUUAAAAAAAUUGCAUGUCUAUGCAGACAUUAUGUACUAUCUCUUAACAGGUAAAAAAAAGAAAAUUAUAUAAAAUUUAUAAAGAAAUAAAAAAUAAAAAUAAAGAAGUAACAAAGAUAAGAAAUAAAGAAAUCAAAAAAAGAAGAAGACAGAGUUAUUUAUAUAGUAAAAGUACUCAUUGGCACGAUCCUUCCCAUCCUUCUCAUUAUACUGUUUGAACUGAUACCAAGAUGGCGUCGUCGUUAGUAGUAGCGUCGACUUGAACUCCGCAUCAGUUGAUGCUGUUUUUAUUAUUUUUAUCAGUUUCUACUAGCUUUUUUAUCAGUUUUUAUUAGCUUUUAUCAGCCUCAGUGUUUUAUUUUUGUUAGUUGGCAGCUAUUAAUUUACAAAGCUUAGGUCAAGGGCCUGAGUUACAGAAAGUCUG